AUGAUGCAUGGAUCACGAACAUCAAUACCCAGUGAGGUACCAGUUCCCAAAGAUAUACCGAAAUCAAUAGAUUUUCUGUAUACAGACUUGGUACAAAGUGAAAAUAGUCGAGAAGACUCAUGUGAGACUAGGAAGUUCAAGUUAUGUGGAGCUGUAAAAAGACCAAUCCACGACUGGUUGCUGCUGAUAGCAUGUUGUCUAUGUAAUGGUGUUUUAGUAGGAUAUACCUAUGGUAUAGCUGUAUUAUUUCUGGACAUGAAAGAGACGUUUAAAACCAAUCGUGCUGAGGCCUCACUUGUUCAGUCUGUUAAUACUGGUUUUAUGUUUGGUGGUGGAAUAAUAUCAUCAUUUUUAAUCAGUUAUUUAAGUACUGGUACAACCUGUAUCAUCAGUGCCGUUAUAGCGGCAAUAGCAACAAGUAGUGGAUUCUAUCUGGAAGCUCUACCAUUUAAUAUUUUAACAGUUGGUUUCAUUGGAGGUUUCAGUUUGUGUAAUAUUUUUACCAGUCUGUUUACAGUAGUGGGGAGAGUUUUUAAAACCAACUAUAAUAUGGCUAUAACCUGUCUUAUUCUAGGUGGUGGAGUAGGUUCGGCUAUCUUUCCAUAUUUUAACUUAUUUCUCCUAGAGACUUAUGGCUGGAGGGGAACUUUCUUAAUCCUCAGUGCCGUCAUUUUAAACUGUUUACCUCUAGGAUUGUUUGUGAGAUUCUUACUACCCCCUUUGUCUUCGGUCAGACAUUGUGACAACCGUUACGUCCUUACAUCACAUAAAAUCUUAUGGAUGGAUCCUGUUUUUACGAUGUUCAUUCUAUGUUUGAUCUUGCGAUCUGUCCCCAUCGGCCUAGUUAGCUACUUUAUCUUAGAUAUUGCAGACUUUAAGACAUUCGACGUUUCAGAAGGUUCGUUCUUUCUAUCUGUGGUUGGAUUUGGGAAUCUCUCUGGUCGUUUCCUUACUUUAUUGUCCAGACCAAUUAUGAAAUUCUCGGCUGUUCGGGAGUAUGCUGUUUAUGUGUGUGCAUCAGGCGUAGCAAUAUUUUGUCUUGGAGUAAGUCACAGCUACGCUUUGAUCAUCGUCUCAUGUGUAUUUUUUGGAAUCGCUUAUGGGAUGAUCUCGGCGACGGCCGGUGUGGCUUGUUUUGCUAUUUCCGGUGAUUCGAGAUAUCCAACGGCAAUAGGAAUAUUUAAUACUGCCAUGGGAGUAGGAUUUGGUUUAGCAGGACCUAUAGGAGGAACCAUACGUGACCAUGUGAAUUCUUACGAUUUGAUAUUAUAUGGUUUUGCUUCUGUGAGUUUUUUAGCCGGACUACUACUGAUGACUGUUUCAUGCUGCUGUACUAGAUCCAAAUCUCCUAAGAUACAACUCGAAGACGCUUGA